GUUUCCUAAAUUGCCCCUCGCACGCCGGCCCUGGGCCGGGCCGUUUCCUCCCCUGGGCUGAAAUCGGGCUUCAGCCGUUUCGGCACGUCAGCUUGCGGAGUCACGCCCGCCCGCCUCGCGCGAUCGCUACCGUUUCCGUUUGCCCAGUCGUACGCGACCGUGUGGCGCGAGACGAGACGCAGACACGAGAGGUGAGUGCCCGGUGAGACGCCUGCGCCGCGCCGCCCCCAGAUCGUGUACCUGACGCCGAUCGGCUCGUGCCAUGGAGGAGCCCGCGGGGCCCGUGCCCGGGGACGGCGGGGAAUUCCCCGACGGCGCGGGUGAGAAGGCGCCGGUGGAGGUGGAGGUGGAGGAGGACGAGGCGAGGGAGGAAGAGGAGGAGCCGCCGCGAUCGGCGACGGCCAAGCAGGAGGAGGCCAACGCGGCGCUGGGCGCCGACGGGUCCCGGCCGUUCACCGCGCGGGAGCUCCUCGGCGAGAUCAAGGAGGACGGCGAGGCGGACGGGGGCGGAGGCGUUGGGGACGGGGGCGGAUCCGCCGAUGCCGAGGGUCCUUCGUCCAGCCAAGAGAGCAUGCAGCAGUUUUCAUCCCAUCAUGAUGUAGCCAUGGAAUUAAUAAACAGUGUCACUGGAGUUGACGACGAAGGUCGUUCUCGCCAAAGGAUUCUUUCUUUUGCUGGAAAAAGAUAUCUAAAUGCAAUUGAAAGAAAUCCUGAUGACCCUGAUGCAUAUUAUAAUUGGGCCCUAGUCCUCCAGGAGAGUGCAGACAAUGUGGACCCCAAUUCUGGUUCCUCCAAAGACGCGUUACUUGAGGAGGCUUGCAAAAAGUAUGCCGAAGCUACCCGACUUUGCCCGACUCUUUAUGAUGCAUACUAUAACUGGGCCAUUGCUAUUGCUGAUCGGGCUAAAAUCCGAGGUCGUACCAAAGAAGCCGAAGAUCUCUGGAAACAGGCAAUACUGAAUUAUGAGAAGGCUGUUCAGCUAAAUUGGAAUAGCCCACAGGCUCUGAAUAAUUGGGGUCUUGGACUACAGGAACUGAGCGCCAUUGUUCCUGCUCGGGAGAAACAAACCAUCAUAAAAACAGCUAUAAGUAAGUUUCGUGUUGCUAUCCAAUUGCAAUUUGAUUUCCAUAGGGCCAUAUACAACCUUGGAACUGUCUUGUACGGUUUAGCUGAGGAUACCAUGAGAUCUGGGAGACCAGACGUAUCCCCUAAUGAGCUUUACAGUCAGUCUGCUAUUUAUGUUGCAGCUGCUCACGCAUUGAAACCAAAUUACUCGGUCUAUCGCAGUGCUUUGCGACUAGUCCGCUUGAUGUUGCCUUUGCCAUACCUCAAAGUGGGAUAUUUGACUGCUCCUCCAGCCAACAAUGCCAUUGCACCACACAAAGAUUGGGUGAGAUCACAAUUUGUUCUGAACCAUGAGGGACUCCAGCAGGCCGAUGCCUCUGGACAGCCUGCAUCAGAUGGUCAUAUGGACAGAGGAAGAAAGUCUACCCGAAUAGCUGUCGAGGAUAUUGUUUCUGUGUCAGCAUCCGCUGAUCUAACAUUGCCACCUGGUGCUGGCCUUUGUGUAGAUACUAUUCAUGGACCUAGGUUCUUGGUUGCUGAUAGCUGGGAGGCUCUUGACAGUUGGCUAGAUGCUUUAUGCCUAGUCUACACUAUAUAUUCAAGAGGGAAAAGUGACGUUCUUGCUGGUAUUAUUACUGGCUAAUAUGUUAUACAGGAAAAACUGCACAACGAAUAGAGGCUCAGAGAUUGCGUAGGCUCAUUGUCAAUUCAUCCUCUCUCUUGUUGAUUCACCUGUGUUGAUUUAUCUCAUGGCAUAUGUAAAGCAGAGACGUAGAAAAGAUGUUGAUUGGUAACUCAUUUCUUCCUCUUGGUAAGAACAUGUUGUGCCAUUAUAACAGAUGCAUUAAGAUAAAAGUAAAGUCGUCUUCUUUUUGCGAGGAAA